AUGCUAACCGCCAAAACCACGCAGGCGACGCAAACCUUACCCCCAGAUUCCUCUUCUGCAGUCCUUGACGACGCCUGUGGCAUCGGCACCGUGACCGCCGAAGUCAAGAAAUCUUUCCCGGACAUUUCCGUUCUAGCAAUCGACUCUUCCGCCGGUAUGCUCAAAGCUUACAAUCGCAAGGCGAAAAAACACGAUUUCAAGAAUGUGACGACAAGACUCUUGGAUGGCGGCAACGUCUCCUCUGAUAGCAUCACCCACGCCUUUGCCUGCACAUUCAUCGACCUUGCCCACAACGCCACUGCCUGCAUCCAAGAACUCCACCGCGUCAUGGCACCCGGCGGUGUCUUGGCCAUGAAUACCUGGGCCGACCCUUACCAUCCGAGCAUUGGGACUCCGUGGACUAAAGCCUGCCAGACAGUGUAUCCGGAUUACAAAGCACCUAUGGUCACGAGCCCGAGAUGGUCGACUCCCGAGCAGAUCAAAGAAAACCUCGUGAAGGCUGGGUUCAAGGAUGUGCAGACGAAGCAGGAGAUGACGCACUGGCGAUGGAGCAGUCCGGAGGAGAUGACGACCUGGUUUUUCGAUGGGGGAAAUCCGGUUGAGGGAAGGUGGCAUGAAUCAUUGGUGGAGGAGUGCGGAGGAAAAUUGGAGGAUAUGAGGGAGCCUUUCCAUCAGGAGGUGGUGAAGGAGUAUAGAAAUGAAGGGGGCCAUUUGCUGAGGGAGGAGUUAGUCAAUCUAACUAUUGCGAGGAAGUAG